CCGCCGCCGCUGCCCCCCAGGCCCCGGCCCCAGGUGUCCCAGCCAUGGCCCGUCCAAUGCUCUUGCUCAGUCUCGGCCUCCUGGCCGGCCUCCUGCCGGCACUGGCCGCCUGCCCCCAGAACUGCCACUGCCACGGCGACCUGCAGCACGUCAUCUGCGACAAGGUGGGGCUGCAGAAGAUCCCCAAGGUGUCAGAGAAGACCAAGCUGCUCAACCUGCAGCGCAACAACUUCCCGGUGCUGGCCGCCAACUCGUUUCGGGCCAUGCCAAACCUCGUGUCGCUGCACCUGCAGCACUGCCAGACCCGCGAGGUGGCGGCCGGCGCCUUCCGCGGCCUCAAGCAGCUCAUCUACCUGUACCUGUCCCACAACGACAUCCGCGUGCUGCGCGCCGGCGCCUUCGACGACCUGACCGAGCUCACCUACCUCUACCUGGACCACAACAAGGUGACCGAGCUGCCCCGGGGGCUGCUCUCCCCGCUGGUCAACCUCUUCAUCCUGCAGCUCAACAACAACAAGAUCCGCGAGCUGCGCGCUGGCGCCUUUCAGGGCGCCAAGGACCUGCGCUGGCUCUACCUCUCUGAAAAUGCACUCAGUUCGCUGCAGCCCGGCGCUCUGGACGACGUGGAGAACCUCGCCAAGUUCCACCUGGACAGGAACCAGCUGUCCAGCUACCCCUCGGCGGCUCUCAGCAAGCUGCGGGUGGUGGAGGAGCUGAAGCUGUCCCACAACCCCCUGAAAAGCAUUCCUGAGGGUGCCUUCCAGUCUUUCGGCAGAUACCUGGAGACCCUCUGGCUGGACAACACCAACCUGGAGAAGUUCUCGGACGGUGCCUUCCUGGGUGUGACCACACUGAAACACGUCCAUCUGGAGAACAACCGCUUGAACCAGCUGCCCUCCAACUUCCCCUUUGACAGCCUAGAGACCCUCACCCUCACCAACAACCCCUGGAAAUGUACCUGCCAGCUCCGGGGUCUUCGGAGGUGGCUGGAAGCCAAGACUUCCCGCCCUGAUGCCACUUGUGCCUCGCCCGCCAAGUUCAAAGGUCAGCAUAUCCGUGACACGGACGCCUUCCGCGGCUGCAAGUUCCCCGCUAAGAGGUCCAAGAAAGCCGGCCGCCAUUAAACAGCCUCUGCUGGCGCACAGAGCUGUCCACAUCUAGACACGUCCUGGCAGGGGGACUCGGGCGCUCCAGCACAAACCCAGCUCCACCUCCUGGUGAGAGCUCCAUCACGCCUGGCCCCACCGCCAUGGCUCCUCUCAGAGACGCUGUUGCCAAGACCCCAAGUCCUUCAGAACCAGAACAGGGUAGCCAUCAGGAUGGCCACCCUUCCAGAAUCCUCUUUCCCUCUGCUCCCCUUACCUUGCCAUUUGGAAACAAACAUCAGAUCCUUGCCCCACCCUUUGCUUCCAGAAACAGUCUUGAGCCCAUACCCCAACUCCGCCAGCCCCCCACCCCCCACCUGCCAGGACACUCUAGCAGGACACUGGUGCUUUGCCGCAUACACUCCCGUGCUGCACUUCUUUCCCAGAUUUUCAUAAAUAUAAAUUU